AUGAUGGCUCUGUCAGCUCUUCUCAUGCCUCUGGUCUUGUUCUUGGGCCGAACAUCAAAAGCUGAUGUCGAUCCAACUCUACCUUUCUCAGAGUAUCUGGACUCAACCGGUAACGUCCUGCUCAGGUGGGGAUUCGACCUGGUAAAGGACACCAUCACAUUCGAGGUGACGGCGAAAACUACAGGUUGGGUCGGCUUGGGGUUGAGUCCCAGCGGAGGAAUGGCCGGGUCGGAUAUCUUCAUCGGAGGAGUCGGCCCUGACGGGAUGUAUUUCACGGACAGGAAUGGGGCCGGAAACUUCAUGCCAGCUCUGGAUGAGAAGCAGGACUCUAAGGUCAUCUCCCUGACCGAGGCGAACGGACAAACUGUGAUGAAGUUCCAGCGAGCCAUUAAAGCCUGUGAUGAAAACGACUAUUCCAUCACUGAAAUGCCAGUGAAGCUGAUCUAUGCAUACGGUAACACUGAUAACAUCGACUAUCACAAAACCCUGCGCGGCACGAAAGAAGUGAACCUUCUGAACUACAUGCCUCGAACCAGAGUUCCUGACAGCAAAUAUUUUGAUAUGACCAUGACCAACUUUACAGUACUUCCCAUAAACACUUACUACCACUGCAAGAUCAUGAGCUUUCCAUCAUUUGUCAUUAAACACCACAUCUACCGUAUAGAGCCGGUGAUCCAGAACCAUGACCUUGUGCAUCACUUGUUGCUGUAUCGCUGUCCACCGUCGGUGAUCAAGCCCUUCGAGGGGUCAUGUUACAGCCAAGAGAGCCCGGAUUGUUUCCAUGCUGUCGCAGUUUGGGGUGUCGGAGGAGGAGUUUUUGAAUUCCCUGAGGUGGCUGGACUUCCCGUGGGCGGAGAUGGAAACGGGAUCCUCUACAGACUUGAAGUGCACUACAACAACCAGGAGAAGACUGCAGGUCGUGUUGAUAACUCAGGCUUACGCUUUUACUACACGGCUCAGCUGAGGCAGUUCGAUGCUGGUCUGCUGCAGACGGGCCUCAUGGUCACAGUGGGGUUGGGGUACGCGAUCCCUCCUAACGCUACAGACUUCCUCACUUACGGCCUGUGUGACACCAACUCAUUUUCCCAGGCCCUCUCCGAAUCACCAAAUGACCUACAGGUUUUCGCAGCUAUCCUGCACACACACCUGGCAGGAAGGAAGGUGCGAGUCGGACACUUCAGAGCUGGAGAACAGAUUGAUUUUCUCACGAUGAAUGAACACUAUAAUUUCGAAUUCCAGCAAGUGACAAACCUGGGAAAAACCAAAACAGUUAAGUUGGGAGACAAGCUCCUGGUGGAAUGCACAUAUGACACAAACAACCGAACAGGACUCACCUGGGGUGGUCUGGGAACUAAUAAUGAGAUGUGCCUGGCUUUUCUCUACUACUACCCCGCUGUAAACGUCAGCUUCUGUAGCAGCUUCCCCAACAAAGAGAUGCUCAUGACCGAGAUGGGAGCCACUAAUUCUAGUAACUGGAUCAACAUGAUGGCGACAAAGGUGUGGAAUAAGAGCUCAGUCCUGGAGUACCAGCACACGCUGAAGAGGAUUCAACAGAACACAUUUGUUGGAAAUGUAGAGAAACACGUGAUGAACAUGACGAAGAUUCCUGAGCUUAGACUGGCUCCGUCUCGGAGUUGUUUAAGAAGCAGAGCUGAAAUCGAGAGCGCUGCUACAGAGAUCCUCCUGCUUGGACUGAUCCUCGUACUGACCCUCUUGUAACGUCUUUACCUGUCAAAUAAAUAAACCAAUUUAAAGAUUUAAAACAUGAAUGAUUAAAACCUGACGUCAUGUACGUCAGUCAGAUGAGAUAAAAUAAAAAAAUAUCUAAUCAAAUUAAAUCAAAUCAAAUAAAUCAAUCAAAUUAAAUGAAUCACAAUAGUGUAUGAUUGAUUAGAGGAUAUUCGCUGGUUUAAACCAACACACAGGUGGAAAUGAAUCUGAUCAACAUCAGACCUAAUCUCUACUGCUACUGUGCUGCAACUUUUUUUUGUCUUGUGAACUAUACAAGCUGUAACUUCCACCAACCAAAUGACUAGAUUUUGUAGAAAGUUGAUUUUGGUACAUAUUAAAUAAUAAACAUUUUAUAUUGCA